CGCGUUAGCGCAUUUACAAGUGCUGUUCCAUUCCCCAGACAUUUCACGGCUCGUUGUUAUUAUUAUUAAUUUUAUGGCAAUACUUCGUACUUAAUGAACACCACAGUAAAUUCCGGUGGCAGCAAGCGGCAGCUGCGGUUCCGUGGCGACGUCAACACCAGUAGCCGGGUUGAGGAGCUGCAUCAUCAUCAUCACCAUAAUGAUGAGAUCAAGCAAAAGCAGCCGCUCACCCAGGAUGACGUUGCAGCGACGCCGACAGCGUCGGCAACGGCGGCAGCAGCGCAGCAGCGACUGCAGAACGGAAACACAGAGACUGGCACCAACACCUUCUUCGAUUUCUUCAAGGUGGAAAUGACCCGUGGCUAUAUGCUAGAGCAUGAUGAGGAACGAUAUUCGGCUCGUCGGCAGAAGAUAUAUAGCUUCAUGCGCAUACCGCGCGAUCUGGAACGUUUCAUGGUCUAUGGUAUCAUGCAAUGCGCCGAUUCCUUCCUUUACAUACACACCUUUCUACCCGUUCGAUUUCUGAUGGCCAUUUGGGCCUUGGUGUCCCGUACGGUAGCGAGAAUAUUCCGAUUUCGGAGCAGCGGUCAAAGGCUUUUGUAUCCGGCGGAAAUUUGCGAUCUGCUCAAGGGCGUCAUUUGGGUGACUGUAACGCUUAUCAUGCUGUCGGUAGACACAAAUCGGGUGUACCACAUCAUCAAAUCGCAGUCGAUCAUCAAACUGUACAUAUUCUACAAUAUGCUGGAGGUUGGCGAUCGACUACUGUCCGCCUUUGGCCAGGAUACUAUUGAUUCUCUCUUCUGGACGGCCACUGAGCCGAAGCAUUCCAAGCGCGAACACUUUGGCGUUCUCACACACGUCCUAUUCACAUUGAUUUAUGUGUUUCUGCACAGCGGACUGAUUAUGUUUCAGGCAACCUGUUUAAAUGUGGCCGUAAACUCGAACAACAAGGGUCUGCUGACCAUUAUGAUAUCGAACAACUUUGUGGAGCUUAAGGGAUCCGUGUUCAAGAAAUUCGACAAGAACAAUCUGUUCCAGCUGACCUGCAGCGAUGUCCGGGAACGCUUCCACUUGUCCGUGCUGCUGUUCAUCGUGGUGAUCCAGACUAUGAAGGAGUUCGAUUGGAGCAUCACCCAGUUCUGUGUGAUGUUGCCCGACUGCUUCGCCGUGCUCUUUACUGAGAUUCUUAUCGAUUGGGUGAAGCAUGCGUUCAUCACGAGAUUCAACGAACUGCCGGAGAACAUUUAUCGAGAGUACACGACUAGCUUGGCCUACGAUAUGACCCAGACGCGACAGAAGCAUGCCUUUUCGGAUCACUCGGAUUUAGUGGCUCGGCGCAUGGGCUUCAUACCGUUUCCUCUGGCUGUGGUCUUGAUUAAAGCCAUAUAUACCGCCGUGUCCUUUGAGAAUCUGGCUGCCUGGCUGCUCUUCCUGCUGGCUUACUUAUUUGCCCUAGGCCUACGCAUCUGUUUGACUAUCUGUGCCCUGGGCAAGGCUUGCAAGCUAAUGAAGGAGCAUCAGACGGAGCGGAAUAGCUCCACGCCAAGUAGCAUGACCAAUGUGCCGCCAGUAGGAAUUUCGGCGCCUGUCUCCUCCACGACUUCCUUGGGCGGACAUAAUCACAAUAAUAAUAAUAACAUCAGCAUUGGCAGCAAGCCAACCGUCCAAGUGUCCACUCUGCUGACACCGCCCAGCGUUAGUGCCAAUCUCGAUGUAAGCAAUAAUUUUUCACGAACCUCAAUCGCCUCGACGUCGACGCCAAAAAAGGCAAUCAGUGAACAGGAGCUGGAUGUCACAAACUCACUGGAACUGGGAGCCACGGCUCUCUUCUCCAAUAGCGAUGUCGAUUUGGAUGAUGUGUGCCUCAACGAGCAGGUGACAAACGUGACCAACGCAACUUCCGCCGCUCAGGAGGUGUACCAGGAACAGGACCUGGUGCGCAGUCAGCCGGAUCUGAUGCUGCUCGACGAUUCCGGCGGUGGUGAGGCAAGUCCCAAGCAGGCCUUGUCACAACGGCUUCCAAAGCGAACGCACAAGCGAUCCGAGUCGGAGCCAGGAAUACCCAGCCUGGUAGACAAGGGAGGUGCUGCCGGGGGUGGUAAUCAAACGACACAGCUGUAGCCAUAAUUCGAUGCUAAUUUAUUAUUAUAUUCUUUGGUUUGUACCUUGUACGUA